AUGGACAACGCGCCUGGGCUUUAUGCUGAGAAGCCUUCCAGUACCUAUUGCGAGGAAAAGUACCCCAACAAGGUUGAAGAAGUGGGUUCUCUCAAGCCACCAACGUACGACGUGCCUCAUGGCCGAUCUGACAACAUCAAGACACCUGAGUUCAAUACAUCUUUAGGAAAGUUUGAUCAGGCUCCCUACUUCACCGGCGGUCCGCCGGCGAUGCGAUACCACGGCUACAAGCGGGACCCCGCUGUCGAGGGUGUAGACUACCGCGAUGUCCUGCCAAAAACGCCGAUUGAGGACCAUCAUCCCCACAUGGAGUUCCUUUCAGUCACUGGACGCCGCGAAGGAAGUACGUUUCUGCUGGCGAACGCUGGUGUGAACUGGGAGCUGAAGGCCGCUGCGAUGUCUCUCUACCGCACAAUCCUCAAGUCUUUGCCAAUGAUUAAGCACUACUACUGGCUGCUCGUUCCUCUUCCGGCGAUGAAGGACAAGAUUCGCCUCCGCUUUUUGCAGAACCAGCACACGAAAGACCCAGACGCGAUUCGGCACUUGCUUCACAACGGCUGGAUGGAGUUUCAGGAGUCUAUCAUGUUCCGCCGCCCCCGCGCGACCAUCGAAAAGUACUUCGAACACGAGAGCAUGGAUGAACUAAGCAAGCAGUACACCAAGGAGGAAGGCCUGAUGAAUAGUGAACGCGAGUUCUGGAACGGCGAGGAGCAGCGCCGCGAAGGCCCGCACAACGGUCAUUGGUCGUGGCUAGGUGAGCAGUGCGAGAAAGAGUUUACCAAGAUUGCGGGCCGCAUCCCGAUUUCCUGGACAGCCUCGAAGGGCUACUUUGAGAAGGGGCAAGCCGACGGCACGAACUACUGGGAGAAGAAUCUUGACUACGAAGGUUGGUACAUCAAGAACGUCGACCCUGACCGGCAGAAUGCGCGGCGCGAGAUGCAGGGGUGGGUUGAGAGCGGCUACAACCAGCCGAAGCACUACGCCAGCAAGAACCGUCGCGGCUACCGCCGCAUGGUGAAAGAUAUUGAGACGCUCAUGGAGACCUCCAUGGAGGAUCUGUAUACGCACAACCGCGAGCAGCUAUUUCAAUACCUGAUCCGCGAGAGCAGCCCUGAAUCCAAUCGCAUCAACGCGGAGCGCACGCUGGCGUACCAGGACGACGACUUCUACUCUACUCGCUUUGAGGAGUACGAGAAGUACCUGAAGCAGGCCAUGCGCGAGAUGCCCAACCCGCGCCUAUGGAAGACCGACGCCUUCUACUUCCGUCUGCGCUACCUGCUGGCGCCGUUGGAAUACAACUGGGCCAAGGUACCCGUCGGCGCGACUCAAGAGAAGCUCUUCAACGAGUGGAUCUCGGACAACUGCAACUACGCCAUAUAUACGAGUAGCGUCUUCACUCAGAUCAAGGCGGACAAGACGCGUAACCCCAUGGCCAAGACGUGGGCUGACUUCUACACGGAGUUCGAUCCCGACGUGCCGGAGACGCGCAAUCUCCCGUGGUACCAUAGGGACUUCGACUACGACCGCCGCCACAAGUGGGACGAGCGGUGCAUGCGGAUGAAGCGCUGGGUGCAGAGCGGCACCAUUGACGGCAAACACGCGUACUUCGACAGCAUCGUUGCCGAGUGGGAGCAGUAUGUGAACCGCCCAGAGCGCUUCCGUGCGCCAGACAGCGCCGAGCGCCGCUACGCAGCACCGCGAAUGGUACAGCUGUACCGUGCACUGAACCGCGUGAUGGAUGUGGCGCUUGCAGACCAGAUGAGGCAGACGAUCGAGAAGGGUUGCGACCUCAGCAAGAUGUCUGUCGAGGAUGUGCAAAGGCGGCUUGCCGCGGCGGACUUCACCAACUUCCGGUUUGAGGUGCCUGUCAUUAUUUACCCUGACUGCGCUGCCCAGCCGCAGCUUGGUCUGAAUGGCUGCGCUGUCGCCACCGCCGCCGCCUCCGCGACAGCGGCUGCGUAG